GUAUGAUGUAUUCCUGUUGCCGUUGGGAAAGGAAUAAAUCCCACCGAGCGAUCUCCACCGUCGCUUCCUACGAGAAUCUUGGAAGCCCAUUCUCCACCGUCGGAUGGAAUCAACAGCCCUACCCGUUUAUAUAACCCACCCGUUUCAGUUUCCCCCGGCUGAGAAGUAACGCAAACGCGAGGAGACAGUUCACAAAACACACAGACAGACGCAACCAAACAGCGAAGAAGAAGAAGAAGAGGAAAGGAGCUCCACAACCAACCAUGGCGGCGACCGUUUCAUCUCCCUGGGCCAAGCCCGGCGCGUGGGCUCUGGACGCCGAGGAACACGAGGCCGAGCUCGAGCAGCAGGAGGUGCUACAACAACAACAACAGGCGACGAUUAAAGAGGCCACGGCCGAUUUCCCUUCCCUGGCCGCCGCCGCCGCCGAUCUGAAGCAGGCCAAGAAGAAGAAGAAGAAGACGACAGCCAUUCCCCUGGCCUUGUACCAGGCAGGUAAGUACGCCGACCCCGAAUUGACGACCGCGGCGCUCCCCAAGGGCCCACGCGAGCGCUCGGCGGAGGAGCUCGACCAGAUUCGCGGCGGCGGGUUCAGAUCCUACGGUAUGAACAGUUACCGGAGCGGCGAGGAUUCGUCUAAUUCGCGCUGGGGCAGGGAUACUAAUUCUAGGUCUUCUGGCCCUAGGGAUAGGGAUUCGAGCAGAGAAAGGGAACCCUUGGGUCCGUCGCGCGCGGAUGAGGACGAUGACUGGUCGAAGGCGAAGAAAUCGCCGGCGGUGAUGAAUGGGAACGGGUUCGACAGGAGGGAUAGGGACAGGGAUAGGGGCUCGUCGUUCUUCGAUUCUCAAUCGAAAGCCGACGAGGCUAGUAGCUGGGUGUCCAAUAAGCCGGCAGUUGAGCCGAGGAAAUUCGGCGGCGGAGGAUUUGAGCGAAGAGGUAGCUUCGAUUCUAUCUCACGAGAUAGACAGGGCUCCGUUAACGGUGGUGGGUCUGCAGAUUCUGAAACCUGGGGGAGGAGGAGGGAGGAAGGAGAUGGAUCAGGGGCCGUGACUGCUCGGCCGAAGCUGGUGUUGCAGCCGAGGACUGUCCCUGUGAGUAAUGACAAUGAAUCGGCGGCUAAGCCCAAGGGGUCGAGUCCAUUUGGGGAUGCUAAGCCGAGAGAUGAGGUUUUGCAGCCGCCACGGGCUGCCCCUGUGAGUGAUGAGAAUGAAUUGGUUGUGAAGCCAAGGAGUUCGAAUCCGUUUGGGAGUGCUAGGCCGAGAGAGGAGGUUUUGGCGGAGAAGGGGCAGGAUUGGAAGGAGAUUGAUGAGAAGUUGGAGAGCAUGAAGCUCAACAUUAAGAAUGAAGAGGAUAAGGUGGAAAAAUUGGAUAAGACUUCGAGGUGGAGCUUUGGUCGUGUAGGCUCUGGUGAAACUGUGGAGAGGAGCUGGAGGAAGCCCGAUUCAGUCGAUUUCGGUUCUCGGCCUCAGAGUGCCGAGACGGUGGAGAACGGAGUCGAGAAUGGACAUUCAGAUUCUACUGAGCAUGAGAAUGGGAAGCAGGACGAGAAUGGCACCGCCGCCGAGGAGAACUGAAUCGAGACCACUGAAGUUUUGCCGAUGGAUUUUUGAGAGACAACAGAGAGAUUAGUAGAGUGCAUUAUUAUUUAUUAGCAGACCCUGUGCUUUGUUUCAUAACUUAAUUGUAUGAGUUUCUGUUAUAUACUCUUAUCCAGGUACUCUCAUAGAGAGACCUCUCCUUUGUCUUGUUUUUUUUUUCUCUCUCCUUUUUCUUGGAAGGAAUUGAUACUGAACAUUGUUACUCUGUUCUUCUAUUGUGUUUGUUGCGAACCUUUUCCAGCCCUCGUUAUAAUGGAAGUCCACAGUUUUGAUUGUCUGAAUUGGUUGAUUGACUCUGUACAUUAGAACAAAUCAUCUGCAUUAACUGGCCGGUUAAUCAAGCAAAGUCGUCCUCUUUGCCACUUUGCUUUGUCGAAAAAGCCAUAAAAACCGUUACUAAAGGUAUGGCAUCAAUUCAUGAUAAUCCGUGACUAAUUACGAUGGGGGCAGGCGGAAGAGCAUAUUAUUAAUUAACUAUGAUCAACCUUGCUUGUUCCUCCUCUUUUCUGUUUUCUUGUUCCUUAACUUUAAUCCAGGUCUGAUAAUGACGCAGAUGGAUGGCUUCGAGGCAUGCCGUCCUUAUAAACACAGUUGACAACAAGGUAAUCAGCUAGGCAAUAAAUAAAUGAAACAGAGAAGAGGCAAUUAAACUGUGCAAACAAAAACAGAGAGAAAAGAGAAACAUUCAACUUUACGUCGCCAUAAUAUAAUCGACCGUCAUUGUCACUUACUAAUUAACUUUUAGUGACGAA